ACGGGUACGGGCCUGUACUCUACAAUCCCCGCUACCUCCGGCACUCGACGCCGCCGCGCACACAGCGGCAGUAGCAAAGCAGUGCCCGAGCCGCCGCAUGCUGCCGCCGCUGCGUAGACCCUUCUAGAAGCUUCCCGAGGAUGGACCCGUCCACGCCCCUCCUCGCCAUCUCCAGGGCUAUCUCCUCCCGCUCCAGGUCGUUCCCCGCCACGUCCCCGCACAACAUCCUCCUCCGCGGCCGCCCCCUCACGGCCCCACUCGGCCGCGCCCCUGUCUUCGCCGCUUCCGCCCAGCGUCGCUCCGUGAACGGCGACGUGCUCCUCCUCUCGCUCGCGCGCCUAGCGCUCCGCGGCCCGGCCUCCCCUCGCCGCUGGUUCGCGAGCGUCUCGGCUUCCCCCCUUGCGUCGACCGGUCCUCCCGGUGGCGGGUGCGGUAGGGGGAAUGGAGAUGGAGGGGGCGGCGGUGAUGGAGGCGGCGAUGGGUGGAAGCGGCCGCGUGCUUCCCAGGGGACGGCGGUGGCAGAGGAAGCGGCAGGGCUGGAAGCCGAUACCAUAAUCCUUGACGUUGGGGGGAUGUCGUGUGGGGGAUGUGCAGCAAGCGUUAAACGCAUUUUGGAGAAUGAGGUGAGUCAUUCGCAAAAAAAGAAAAAAAAAGAAAAAGAGAAUGAGCCCCAGGUGGUGUCUGCAACUGUCAACCUUGCUACUGAGAUGGCAGUUGUGUGGGCUGUGCCGGAAGAUAGAGCUGUACAGGAUUGGAAACUGCAGUUGGGUAAGAAGCUCGCUAGCCAGUUGACAACAUGUGGGUACAAAUCCAGCCAGCGAGAUUCUUCGAAAGUCAGUUCACAGAAUGUUUUUGAAAGAAAGAUGGGCGAAAAACUGCAAAAUCUGAAGCAAAGUGGUCGAGAACUUGCUGUAUCUUGGGCACUAUGUGCUGUUUGCCUACUGGGACAUAUUUCUCAUCUCUUUGGAGUUAAUGCACCAUUGGUGCACCUGUUUCAUUCCACUGGAUUCCAUUUGUCUCUCUCAAUAUUUACAUUUAUUGGGCCUGGACGAAGACUAAUUAUUGAUGGAAUAAAGAGUCUAUUCAAGGGUUCUCCAAACAUGAAUACGUUGGUUGGUUUAGGUGCUCUGUCAUCUUUUGCUGUCAGCUCAGUUGCAGCCUUCAUUCCAAAGCUGGGAUGGAAGACAUUUUUUGAGGAACCAAUUAUGUUGAUAGCUUUUGUUCUUCUAGGGAAGAAUCUUGAGCAGAGGGCGAAGUUAAAAGCUGCUAGUGAUAUGACCGGAUUGCUCAAUAUACUUCCAUCAAAAGCACGCCUAAUGGUGGAUAAUGAUGCAGAGCAAUCAUCAUUCACAGAGGUCCCAUGUGGUACUCUUGCUGUUGGGGACUAUAUGUUAGUGCUGCCUGGGGACCGCAUUCCAGCCGAUGGACUUGUGAAAGCUGGAAGAAGUACAGUUGACGAGUCAAGUUUGACAGGUGAACCUAUGCCGGUAACUAAGAUUGCAGGGGCAGAAGUAUCAGCGGGAAGCAUUAACUUAAACGGUAAACUGACAGUUGAAGUUCGACGACCUGGCGGUGAGACUGUCAUGUCUGACAUACUUCACUUAGUGGAAGAAGCACAGACAAGGGAAGCCCCUGUUCAGCGAUUAGCUGACAAGGUUGCCGGGAACUUUACAUAUGGCGUUAUGGCGCUUUCUUCUGCUACCUUUAUGUUCUGGAGUAUUUUUGGUUCACAAUUUGUACCUGCUGCUAUCCAGCAGGGAAGUGCAAUGUCUCUGGCUUUGCAGCUUUCUUGCAGUGUUCUGGUAAUUGCUUGCCCAUGUGCUCUUGGUCUUGCCACACCCACUGCAGUGCUGGUUGGUACUUCGUUAGGUGCAACGAGAGGACUUCUUUUACGUGGUGGGGAUGUUUUGGAGAAAUUUGCGGAAGUUGAUGCCAUUGUGUUUGAUAAGACCGGAACUUUAACAAUUGGGAAACCUGUAGUGACAAAAGUAAUAGCUUCUCACAGCGAGGGAGGUGUAAAUACAAAAGAUUACUGGAACAAUGAAUGGACAGAAGGUGACAUUCUUAGUUUGGCUGCUGGAGUAGAAUCAAAUACAAACCAUCCACUUGGAAAAGCGAUCAUGGAAGCUGCCCAGGCUGCCAAUUGCAUCAAUAUGAAGGCAAAGGAUGGGUCCUUUAUGGAAGAACCAGGGUCUGGUGCUGUGGCUACGAUUGGUGAGAAACAGGUUUCGGUUGGUACAUUAGACUGGAUUAGGAGGCAUGGUGUUGUUCGUGACCCAUUUCAUGAAGCAGAAAGUUUUGGUCAGUCUGUUGCAUAUGUAGCAGUUGAUGGUACUCUAGCUGGUCUUAUUUGUUUCGAGGACAAGAUCAGAGAAGAUUCUCAUCAAGUUAUCAGUGCCCUGUCUAAGCAAGGAAUUAGUGUGUAUAUGUUAUCUGGGGACAAGGAGAGUGCUGCUAUGAAUGUUGCUUCAGUUGUUGGCAUUCAGUUAGACAAGGUGAUUUCUGAAGUUAAACCACAUGAGAAAAAGAAGUUCAUAUCUGAACUUCAAAAGGAGCACAAGUUAGUUGCGAUGGUUGGUGAUGGCAUCAAUGAUGCUGCAGCCCUAGCUUUAGCUGAUGUUGGAAUCGCAAUGGGUGGGGGUGUUGGUGCAGCUAGUGAUGUAUCUUCAGUUGUUCUCAUGGGUAAUAGGUUAUCUCAGCUUGUUGAUGCUUUAGAGUUAAGUAAAGAAACCAUGAGAACAGUGAAGCAAAAUCUUUGGUGGGCUUUUCUGUAUAACAUUGUUGGGCUACCCGUUGCUGCUGGAGCAUUGCUGCCAGUGACGGGUACGAUGCUGACCCCGUCAAUAGCUGGAGCACUGAUGGGUUUUAGUUCAGUCAGCGUGAUGGCCAAUUCCUUGCUUUUGAGGGCGAGGAUGAGUUCAAGGCAUCAUGUUCAGAGCAGACAAAAGCCUCACAACACCAUUUCUGGUGUGUCAGACGGAGCUGAUGAGGUAGAGCAAAGUUAUCCAUCAAAAUGGAGGAGUACCUGACUGAAGUUUGAAGUGAUGACAUACUUAUUACUCCACGAACAUUUGAUUAUAGCUCAGUCACAUAGCCACAGGUGAGUAAAAACACUAAUAACACUGUAAGCACCAAGAGUUGAUGCAGUAAUCACCAAGAGUCUGAAACAUUAUGUGAUGUACAAGUCCUUGAACCAGUGGCGGAUCUUGGGUCUUAUCAACAGGGUACCAUACUUUCGACACACAAUUUAAUUAAUUGUUGUGCGUGGAUGAACAUCACAAGCUCACCAUGAUAUUGGUCAAAAUUACAAUACAAAGUUCACUGGUUGAUCAGUGUAGUAGUAAUAUUGUGCCCAA